AUGAACUUGUUCAACUCUGCUCUUGGGGAAAACAUCACUUUUGUGCGUCCUGCAUAUUUUGUCAUAAGUGGUUUUUCAGGUAUCCCAAAUAUGAAGUAUUACUAUGUCUUUCUCCUUUUUGUUUAUAUUUUGUCAGUACUGGGAAACGCAGCUGUAAUGGCCCUAAUAAUCUUAGAUUAUAAUCUGAGAACUCCAAAAUACAUUGCAGUUUUUAACCUUGCAUUUGUGGACCUGUUUGGUAGCUCUGCUCUGGUGCCUAAACUUCUUGACAUUUUUCUGUUUAACCAUUUCUACAUCCCGUACAAUGACUGCAUGGCAUUCUUUUUUUUCUGCUUCACCUGCCUUUCAAUGCAGGCUCUUAAUCUGGUCGCACUCGCCUAUGACAGACUUGUAGCUAUAAUCUUCCCACUGCACUAUCACGUGAAGGUGACCCACAGGUCCAUGCUGUCUUUGAUUGCCUCUUUCUGGGUCUUGGUCAUUGUUGUUGUACUUAUUGCUGUUGGUCUUCUGACAAGACUUUCCUUCUGUAAGUCUGUGGUCAUUAAUAGCUAUUUCUGUGACCAUGGCCAGAUGUACAAGCUUGCCUGCAAUGACUAUUUUCCCAACACUGUCAUUGGUAUGUUGUUACCACUUCUAAUUCUUUGGCUUCCACUGGUAUUUAUCUUGUUAAGUUAUUUAUAUAUUGGCUAUACAUUGUCUAAAGUAUCCACAGUUCACGAAAGAGUGAAGGCCUUUAAAACCUGCACAGCUCAUCUUUCCUUAGUGGCAAUCUAUUUCAUCCCAAUAUUAAUCACAUUUACAAUGAGUGCACGUAUACAUCCAAAUGCCAGGAUCAUAAACCUGUCUCUGACCUCCGUGUUCCCUCCCAUGUUGAACCCAAUCAUUUAUGUUCUGCAGACACAAGAAAUAAAACAAUCUGUCAAAAAGUUGUUGAAAAUCAAAGUGCAAUCCAAAAGUAAGGUAAAAAACACAAUGUAA